AUGUCUGCCAACCUCGAUAAGUCGCUGGAUGAUCUCGUUGGCAACCGUCGCCAGAGUGCUCGCCGUCGUGGUAACCGCCGUGCUGCUGCCGCUCCCAAGGCCUCCGUGGGAGGCGUGAAGAAGUCCGCCAAGGCUCCCAAGGCCAACGCGAAGGCUGUCCACCCUACUCCUGCUGCUGCUACUGCUUCCAGCAAAAUCAUCGUGAGCAACUUGCCUGCCGAUGUGACUGAGGCCAAUAUCAAGGAAUACUUCACGAAGUGUGCAGGUCCCGUCAAGAGGGUCAUGCUUACUUACAACCAGAACGGUACCAGCCGCGGUAUCGCUUCAAUUAUCUUUGCCAAGGCCGACACUGCUGCUAAGGCCGCCAAGGAAUUGAACGGUCUGCUUGUUGAUGGACGCCCCAUGAAGAUCGAAGUCGUAUUCGACGCUUCUCACGCCCCCGCGGUUCCCGCUUCCAAGUCACUUGCCGAUCGUAUCUCUGCCAGCCACAAAGCCAAGCCCAACCCCAAGCCCGCAACUGCUAACAAGGCUGCCAAUGCUACUGCUGGCCGUGGCCGUGGCCGUGCUGCACGUGGCAAAGGCCGCAACCCUGGUCGUGGCAAGCCCAAGUCUAUGGAGGAGCUCGAUGCUGAAAUGGUCGACUACUUUGCUGGUGGUGAGGCCCCUGCCGCCAACAGCGCUCCUGUCAACGGUGCCGCUCCACAGGCCAAUGGUGGAGAGGACCUUGGUAUGGCUGAAAUCUCAUAA